AUGUCCUCUGCAGGAGUCACUGAAACUGUGGGAGAUAAAGAGGAGACAGCGGCACAAAUGGAAAGUGGAGACGCCGAAAAAACGUCUAACGUUAACGUUACCAAAGUGGAUGCCAUGAUAUGGGAUGGAGCUCAAGUAAACACGGAAAACGACAAAAAUCUGCAAAGCCCACACCAACAGAAAAGUGAAAAACUAACAGGGCCACGAAUGACCAAGAAAUUUUUGAAGGACCAUUGUAAGCAGCACAAACUUUACAUAACACCUUGCCUGAAUGACACUUUGUAUUUGCAUUUCAAAGGUUUCUCCACCAUUGAGAAUUUAGAGGAGUACACAGGACUGAAGUGUCUCUGGCUGGAAAGCAAUGGGCUGCAACGCAUUGAAAACCUGAAUGCCCAGACUGAUCUGCGUUGCUUGUUCCUUCAGCAGAACCUCAUAUACAAGAUGGAAAACCUUGAGCCUCUGCAAAAGCUCUGCACCCUGAACGUCUCCAACAACUACAUACACACCAUAGAGAAUAUAUCCUGUCUUCCUGACCUGAGCACUCUACAGAUUGCCCAUAACAAGCUGAAGACAGCUGAGGACAUAAAGCACCUGAGUCUAUGUCUGUCCAUCAGUGUGCUGGAUAUGUCUCACAACUUAUUAAAUUGCCCUGAGAUUCUUCCUGUACUCGAGGCCAUGCCAGAACUUCGAGUCCUAAAUCUAAUGGGAAAUGAUGUGCGGAAAAAAAUCCCCAACUACAGGAAGACCAUGAUUGUGCGCCUCAAGCAACUCACCUUCCUCGAUGAUCGCCCUGUGUUCCCUAAAGACAGGGCAUGUGCAGAGGCAUGGGCACUAGGAGGGCUUGAAGCAGAGCAAAAAGAGAGGGAGCAAUGGGAAACACGAGAGAGGAGGAAAAUCCAGGACAGCUUGGAUGGCAUUGCAAUGAUUCGGAAGAAAGCCCUGGAGAGACGCCGCCUAAGAGAGCUACAGGAGAAAGGUGAGCAUAGUUUUCCCACUCACAUGCACACAGAUGUAAAAUUUGCAGUUUUAAACAGUGAACCACAAGAAGAGAAGAUCCAAGCUUUUGUGCAGGACUCCCUGGACGCCCAUAAGGAGUUCUUAGAGAGUCAGACAAUGCAGGGGCCCAAUGAACAGAAGCCAAACAAUGAAUAUGUAGAAGCAGAGCAGCUGGGUGAAGGGGUAGACAAAGAUGACAAACAGAUAAAAGAGUCAGUGAGAGAAGAGAAAAAGGCAGUGAAUCCAGAGCAGACAGCACGACAGGAAGAAAACACAGCAGGAGAGAUGUUAGAGAAAGAGCAAAAUGAAGAUCAACAAAACCAGUCAUGUAGAAUCCAGCUUGAGUACAAUGAAGCACAGAGAACGCAGGCAAGCACAGUGGAGCUAAAGAAUGAGCAGUGUGAGAAGAAACAGCAUCCUCUGGUCAGUGCAGCUCCUCCUGAAGCAAAUGAAGUUGUAAAAGCACAUGUUCCUGGGCCACUGGUGACUGAACUGGGGGAUGCAGAGCAGCUGGAAACUAUUCACCUUCCACCACCUUCCUCACUGUUUAUUGAUGAUCUGCCUGAUUUGGAUGAUGUGGACACAGAUGACUUCACUGCACUGAUUUCUUCUCAUCAAGCACACAAACCGAAAAUAGAGGUUAUAUCAGUCGGCAGUGAUGAGGAUGAGUCAACUGGUGAUCAGAGUGACAGCAUCUCUUUUUCUGGUCCAUACAAAAAUUCAGUGUUCUUGAGGAGUGCCUGCAACAAAUCAAAUGCCAAUGAUUCAUCUUUGGUGUACCCAGAGCAUGGGGACGCCCUUGAGCCACAGAAUUUUGAACCUCUGGCAAAGUUGAAAACAAACCAAAUAUCUCCACCACACUGCCUGAUUGAGGAGUUGGACUGA